AUGAACAUUCGCGGACUCAAGGAACUUCUACUACAUGCGUUUGAGCACUUGCUCGCCGCUGGCUCUCGAUCCCCAAUACUUCUAUGGCUCUAUCAACUAAUCAGGAAUACCGAACCUGCUCUCACUCGUCUUCUGGUGAAGUGUGUCCUUCGAUUCCCUCGAUCUCUGCUUCAAACAACCCAAUGGAUCAUGAACUUUGCCAUCCAUCAUCUCUCCGCAAUCCCCUCCUGGAACAAGCGUAGGAGCCCUCCCAGCAUCGAAUUCCAUCGCCCUAGAGAUGUGUUUCCCUUGACUUCUUCAACUAUCUUCACCUGUUCCCUUCCUGAAUUCCGUUUCUCUGGGUCGAGAGAUCAAUCUCUGUUACCCCUCCAUACUCAAAAUCUGCCUCCUUCGGAAAUGGCUGCCCGCGAGCAUAUUCCAGCGAGUGUGCCCAGUCGUGUUGAAGAAGGAACUUACCAGCUCGAUCACGCUGACAGAUCGAUAAGUGGACUUAGUGGAGAGACCGUAAUCGGCACUUCCACUCGUAGCUGCCCCUCCCUCGAUGCAUGUGUGGUAGAUUUCGUGGGACAACCGGGGCGCCGUUCACAUCGACACUCACACCCCAUAUGA